CCGAAAUUCAAUGCCAAGCCGGACGAUGUUAGAAGAACCGUGGCGUUCUCGCCCUUGACCUUCUUCGCAGCCUUUUUUGGAUGAAUAAAAAUGACCUUACCAGUUGGUCGUAAGCGCGGCUCCUCCGUCAGUUUUACCCGCGCCAAGGACGACAUCAAUGAUGUUACGGACGAGAUUCAUAUCUCACUGGCUCCGUACAUCCAAACUUAUUUGGCUCACAGUGGCCAAGGUCUUGGUUGCUGCGGAAUUGGAUUACCAGUACCUUUUGAGAGAGCUGCACCUAGAUCCUGGUGGAAUCCCAAAUUCGAUUCAGAGAUCUUGGAGGGACAGUUCAAGUGUAGCGCUUUCCCACAGAUAAGACUACGCUUUAGGUACGCGCUUACAUACAUUUUGCUGAUAUCAGUUUCUUGGUUGGCUUACUUUGUUAUCUUUGGAAUUGAAAGUGAAAGUCAAUUUUGGCCAGCUAUAGCAAUUAUGUUUACUACUGUUGGUGUAGUGGUAUCAGUUAUUCUUUACAUCACGUACACGGAUCAUUAUAGAACUUUUGUGUUACCUAUAUCUGUUGGAGUUGCUUUAGUACUUUGUUUUUUAUCGAUAAUAUUUCUGGUGUUUGUACCACCUUAUACUGCUGGCUUAACAUUAGUCGGACACUUUGCAUUAUGCUCGGAAAUUUUAUUGCUUAUAUAUACAGUCUUACCGAUGCCAUUAUAUAUGUGCGUGAUAAUAUGUACAAUGUAUUCGUUUCUCUUUGAAUUUCUCACUGCUUACCUCUAUGGCACUGAAACUGCUAGGGCCGAGUACUUCACUGGAAAAAUAAAAACAUUAAAUACGACAACGGAUUUAUUAAACGAACGGCAUAAUUUUACGUCAGAUCAACAAAAUACCUCUUUAAAAAGUUCAGACAGUGUAUGGAAGAUAAAGUUGCGGCGCCGUCGCGUAUCACCACCAAUAGAACGAAGGAGGUAG